UUAUUGUAGCAAUUAAAAAGAUGUUAUGGUUAUUGUUGUAUAGCAAGGGUUUUACUUCAGGUUUUUAUAUUCACUGAUAUUCUGUCUGUUUCGAUCUGGUAUUGCAUUUUGAAUUGCUACUUUUGCUUGUUUCGUGGUUUUAUUAUUCGGUCAUGCCGUAGUUUAUUUUCCAUUCCAUAGUAAAAGCUUCUUUAUUAUAUAUAAUCUGUUCUCUUUGCUAUCGGGUUUAUCAUGAAUCAUGAUUAAUUUGAGGUGAGGCAAUUUAUGAUUUUGAUUGAGUUUUAUUUAAUGUUAUGUUGUUUUUGCUGAUGAGAACCAAAUUAUGGUAUGAGUUUUUGGAACUAAAAAGAUGUUAUGGUUUCUAAUUUGAUGUUUAUGGAUGGUGUGGAGUAUCAGUUUAUUUUUCGUAUAACAGUAAGUUGUUUUCUUGAGUAAUGUCUAAGGUGAGAUCUUAUUAUUGUGGGAUUCUGAAGGAUCUUUUUUAAAUCAACGACUGCUGUUAAAGGACAGAAAUGGAAGAGACUGUAGCCGUUUGAUCAAGGCACAUCAGAAACUAGGAACUUGUGCUGGUGAGUUGGAACUUGUUAAAUUUGUUACCGUAUAUGUUUUUUUUCUGGAAAACAGUUUGUCUCCUUCUUUAGUGUUGAAAUUGGUUGAAUUGGUUAAAAAGUAAACUCAGGUUUCUAAACGUAAUUCUAUGAGGCAUGAUCACUGGUAGAUUGGUGUUUCUUUUUCUUCCUUUUUUUUCAACUGAUCCCACUAUACCUAUUAGAUUUGUUUCAAAGAAUAUCAGAGUUGGCAAAUUCCUUCUUGUUUGGAGAGGAUUCAUUGCUUUUAGGGUAUUUUUGUGUAACUAUCAGUAUUUGUUGCCUUUUAUGGUCAUUAUUGAUUGCUUGGAAUGACACUGGUUGUAUUGGAAAUAUGGGGUUCUAAUCUCUGGUACGGUAUACUUAAUUUUUUUUCUAAAGCUUUGUACGUAUCCAUUCCUGUAUUCGAAUAUGUAUCGGAUACGAAACUGAAGAAUCAGAGUAACAUAGGUGGGUUAGGAUUGUUUGUUAUUACAUUCGCUUGUGACAUUCGUCUUUUGCCUGCAUUGAGAUUUCGGUAUUGCAGCAUGGACAUCUUAUUACCACGGCAUCAACGAUCAAGUUUCGGGAUUUCACCAAGACAGUCAAACCGGAAGAAAGGUAACUUAUUCUGUCAAAUUACUAUGUUCUAAACAAUAUCUGUAGGAAGCACAUACUUUACAUUCUUGGUCUGAUUUUUUUUUCUUUUUGGUAUCAUAUUAUCUGUGUUUAAUAUUUGUGUUGGAUUAUAUAUACGUACUUUCCACAUGCGCAUUAAAUGGUGCCAUGUGAGACUUAAUGAUAAAAACGGAACAAAUCAUUUAUUUAAUGAUCAUAUGUUAGAUUUUUAAAAUUCGAUAAUCAUAAUGUAAUUUAAAUUAUACACGAGUAAACUUAUAACUUAUUCUGAUAUAAAUUAUUACAAAUCUUGUACUUGUAUACUCUGUAUUCUACACAAGAUAAUAAAAUCCCAUAUAAUAUGAAUAUUAUUUAAUUAUACAAAUAAUUACAAUUCGGGUAAAUUAUAUCAAGGUUAUAUGUUUUGAUUGAUAAGUUUAGAAAGUUGCAACAUUUUAUUGAAUUAUUUAAAGGUUUUCAUUUAAAUUAUUAAUUUAUUUGAAGGUUAUAUUUUAAGUUAUUGAGCUGUUAAGUUAUUUGUUUAAAAAGAAAGUUUGGCUAGCGAGCUCUAAAUGAUGAUUUGAGUGAGUAAAAAAAUUUAUUUUAUAUCCAAGUCGAUCUAAUGGUCAGUAUUAAAGAUAGGAAAAGAAAGCCGUUUAGAUUUUAGCCCGUAAAUUUGUAAUGUUGAAAGUUCUUUCAUGCAAAAAACUAAACCAUGGAGAAUGAGGAAAACUUUCGAUUAGUACAAACAAUGCAAAUAGAGAAACCAUAUAACAUUGAUUUUAAAAGUCCAAUAAUUUAAAUGAAAAUUUUCAAAUAAUCAGUGACCAUUUUAUAAUUUUUUAAAAUUAAAUGACUAAAAUAUAAAUAUAUAUAUAUAGUACACUUAGAUUGUAUGCCUGUGAUAAGUAUCUCAUAUAGUACACUUAGAUUUGUAUGCUUGUGAUAAAUAUCUCAUAUGGUAAGAAACCCCGAUGAUCCAACGAAACAAAUGAUGCCGACCUUUUGAUUAUUAAGUCAACGAUCCUUUAUUCAAGGAAAAUUGGAUCCAUAAUUCGAAUAACAAAACAAACAAUGAUUCUGUCAUUAAAACUUGAACUGAGCCAUUUGCAGAAAAGUACACCGUAUCUUCCCCAAAUCUCUAUUUGAUCUACAUUUCAUCACUGUUCUUCAGUUUCCAUUUAUGGGUCUUGAAAUCACAAGAAACACCAUUGAACCCCAAUGAUUUGAAGGCCUUGAAUGGAUUUUCAAGCUGCCUGGAACCAAUGUUCUUGGAUGGAACAACAGCAACUCUGUUUCGGAUUGCUGCACUUGGACGCCUGCAACGAUUCCACGAGCAAAAGGGUGAUGGCUUUGGAACUAGGUCAAAAGAAUCUUUAUGGAACAAUUUGUGAUUCCAUUGUAGGGUUAAACCAGUUGAGAAUCCUGAACCUUUCUCAUAACCAGCUUCACGGUUCACUUCCGACCGAGCUUUUUUGCAUGGAGAAACUGGAAAUCCUUGACAUAAGCGACAACAGUUCCAUGGGUGAAAAUCUCUGCAAAAACUCAUCAUCAUCCAAUAUCGAGGUUCUUGAUAUGUCAAUGAACUUCUUUGGGGAAGUUCAACAAGGCCUGUCAAACUGUACUUCAUUGCAGUAUCUCAUGAUCAAUGGCAACAAUUUCAGGAGUUUACCAAGGGGUAUCUUCCAAAUGAUGCAAAAUCUUUAGAGUUUUGCAUCUUCAAAACAACAGCUUUUCAGGGACAUUGGAUCAUGGGAUUGGUCAUCUUUCAAACCUUCUUGAAUUAGACAUCUCUUCUAAUUCAUUUACAGGGGUUUUCCUAAAUGUGUUUGGGAUCCUAGGAAAGCUUGAGAAAUUCUCUGCAAGUUCAAAUAACUUCAAUGGAGCUUUGCCAACCUCAUUGCCCAACUCACCUUCAAUUACAACCCUUGAUCUCCACAACAACAGCUUGAAUGAUCCAAUUAACCUAAACUGUACAGCCAUGACCCAGCUCAGAUCCCUUCACCUUGGGUCUAAUAAGCUCUAUGGUUCAAUCCUCCAUAGCCUUUCCCCUUGCAAGAGCUUGAACAUAUCCAACCUUGGCCACAACAACCUUGAUGGUCAAAUCCCUGAAAGUUUCAAGAAUCUCAAUGCCCUCACAGUGCUUUCACUCUCAAGGACCAACCUGGUCAACCUCUCAUCCACCCUUAAGAUUCUGCAGCACUUCAAAAACUUGACUGUUUUGAUGCUCCCUGAAAAUUUUCAGGGCGAACAGAUUCCUGGUGAUGCUUAUUUUCAAUUUAGAAGCCUCAAGGUACUCAGCAUUGCCUACGGCGAACUGCGGGGAUCGAUCCCACCAUGGUUGCUUGGCUGCAACGGGUUACAAUUCUUGGACUUGUUGACGAACCAUCUGACCGGAACCAUUACCUGUUUUACCUGGAUUUGUCAAACAAUUCAUUCACAGGUGAGAUACCAAAAGGGUUAACUCAACUACAGGCCCUCAUCGACAUUGACAAUUCGUUGUUAGGGACUUCUUUAGGAUUCCCUUUGUUCAGCACCGGUAUUGACGGUGCAACUUUUCUUUACAAUAACAUCAUAAGUUUCUUACCAACAUUGGACCUGAGUUACAACAUGAGUGGAACCAUUUGGCCAAGUUUUGGCAACUUGAGAAGGCUUCAUGUUCUAAACCUCAACAAGAAUCGCUUGAGAGGCUCGAUCCCAGAGCCUUUGUUGGGGAUGAAAAA